CACGUCAGUCCAUAGUGACAAGUCAUUCAUAAAAUUUGUUCGUCUCUCAUAUUUCUUGUAUAUUAAAAGUUUGUUUUGUGAUGCAAAUCAUUCAUUCCAUUCAAUUGUGUUAAAUGAAUAUUGUUUAAUAGAUCGAGCCAAAUAAUAUGGUUUACAUAGAUCGAGAUGGACGUGUAUUGGAACGACGCCCUUGGAGCGUGUCUCGAGUUUUAGAGAUCUUCACAGGCCUGUGGUUCGUGAUGAUUACUUUUUUCAGAGGACUUUUGGCGCCUUUCAUGAAGGACAACAAUAGGAGCAGUGGAGGCAAUAGCCGAGGGAGCGGUUGGGGUGGCGGAAGCGGUGGGGGUGGAGGCGGAGGCGGAGGCGGUGGUGGCGGUGGCGGUGGCGGAGGUGGUAGUGGAGGUGGCGGUGGUGGAUUCGGCCCAAAUCGUCGCAUUGGUCGCAUCAAUAACACUUCAAUGGAUAUGCCUUGUGGAAGCUGCUGUGGAUGAACAAGUUUUGGUAUAACGUUUUAAAUACUGCCAACCAUUAACCAGUACUGAAACAUCUAAUAUGAAAUUUUAUAGAUAUGUUCUUUUUUACAAUUAACAUAUGUUUACAAUUACUUCUAUAAAAAUAAUAAUUUACAGCCGGUU